AUGUCGCAACCGCCGCGCAAAUUCAGCGACAAGAUCGCGAUGUUAAUAAACAAGCAAACGGAAGAAGAGGAGCAAUUCAAUCGAGUCAUGAAGGACGUUCGGCCCAUCACUGCCUCAACCCCCGGCAAAUCGCCCAACUCGACGCCUUCCUCGACUCCAUAUGCCUGUUCCCCCACCGGCACCAACCCCAACAUGAUCCCGACCCCGGCCACCGAGAGUCCGGGCCCCGAUUACCUCCAACUUCAUCCGCUUUCCAUGGCGUGGCAACGUCAAGGCGGCUCUUUGCCUAAUGUUCAUGCCAUGCUACAACCAAACAUGAACCCCAACAUACCUCAGCAACAGCCGGAUAUGUACACGAAUUGGGCGUAUUGGCAGCAGCAGACGAGUGGAGCACAUCAAGGUGCAUAUGGGCAUGUGAGGACGAGGUCGCCCGGCGCCCAACACUAUCAUCCGUACAGAGGAAGCCCUAAGGGCAAUGAGAGGGUGCCGCCGUUGGAGAAUCAUAUGAUUAACAGCGGGCAAAUGCAUCUUCAGCCACCUGAUCCAAACUGGUCAAAGUGAGAUUUUACGAUUUUUUUUAUUUUAAGUUUAGGAAGAACUUGUAAAAUAUGUAUGAUAGUAAGCUUGUUUAUAAAAUUUUUAUUUAAAAUAUAGGAGAAAAUUCGCCAAAAUCGAUGUUUUGUCCAUUCUUUGGCUUGUUGUUUAUGAGGAUUAGCAAACUUUGAAUCGAAGACUACUUUUUGAGCCAAACCUCGCCCAUUACUAAUACUGAUAAGGGUUAAACAGUCUCAAGACGGAGUAGUUGCGUCAUUAGGUCAAUUCGGGGAUAUUACUUUAGAUAACAACCAAAAUUAUUGUUUAAAACACAUAAAAUUGACGCGGGGAGCUGGAAAUUGCUUUCGGAAAUGAAUGAAAGUGUGUAAAAUUAUGGUAACUUGAUAAUAUGCAGUAAAUUUUUUGAAAAUAAGGGAUGAAUUACACUGCAAACUUUUUCGAACAAGUCUAAUGCAACUGUUUAGCUCCCGCGCCCGCUCCGACCCCGCCAUUCACAUGAACACGAUCAAUUCGAUGCCCUUCUACAAUCAGCCCGCCCCUCAGUGGAAACCGGACCCUCGGUUGAACGGGUACCCUCAACAAAACGGCCAUCAAAACGGCUCCCCAAUGCAGAGUCCCCAAACUCCCCAUCCCAGUCAGAUCCCGCAACAACAAGGCUAUUAUGGGCCGGGGAGUGUGGGCUCAAUCAACAUGAGCAUGUCCCCGCCCGCCUACCCCAUGCAUUCCUCGCCCCAGCAACCCUGCACACCGGACCAAGUGCCCUGCGGGUCGUUGCCGAAUAUGCAUUCGCCGGUGAUGACCUCGCCCAUGAACUCGCCUAUGAUGAAUUGUCAACCCUCCUCGCCACAGCAUCAACAACUGCAAGGGCAGAAUUCGGUGCCUGUCCAGAAUGGGCCAAUGGGAAAUCAGGGAAUGAACAUGGGCCAGAACUCGACGAUGGGCCAGAACAUGAGCCAAAACGCAUCAAUGAACCAGAAUAUGAACCAUAAUCAACAAAUGAACCAGAAUCAGCAUCAAAAUCAGCAGAUGAGCCAGAACCAGCAGAUGAAUCAAAACCAGCAGAUGAAUCAAAAUCAGCAUCAGAAUCAGCAAGUCCAUCCGCAGCAUCAGAAGGUUCAACAACAACAGAAGCCGCUGCAACAACAAUUCAGCUACGACCAAGUCCAACACAACAUGAUGAACUACCCAUACGCGAUGCAGAACGGCCAAUUGGCGACGCCUCAAGGACAGGGCGGAGAGAGUUCGCAGAGCGCCCCCACAUCGCCCGCCCAAUCGCUGGAGAACCCGAUGCAACCUCAUUGGCCACCAACUAGGCAUUUCAGUGCGUCUCCGGACACCAUGGACAUUCCCAAUAUUGUGCUGACCGGCGCUGACGGAACUCUGGAUUGCUUCCAGGUAAGAUGGGGACCGCUUACACUUACGUAGGUCCGAAAUUAUCCAUGAUGACUUUUCCUUUUUUGCAUUAACGAGGAGAAAAAUGAAGUUGUAACAGCGUACUAUAGCCAUAUUCGAGUUGAAUUUGACUGAAAAAGUAUUUGUAUUUGUAAAUACAGUAGCUGCCAAAAAACUGUCAAUUUUUUUGUUUUUCGUGUAACUCUGCUCAACGUGGGCGGAUUUAAACGAAACAAACACCAUUCUGUAGAGAAUUAUUGAUGUUAUCUAAUGGUGUAGCGAUUGGAGCGAUUUCACAUCUUAGAGUGUAACAACUGUCGAUGUAAAAUUUUUGGAAAGACAAAAAACUGUCAAUUUUUCCAAAAAAUUUUACCGCUUGCAUACGUCGCGGCAAAUCAUGGGCCCACACACUCUGAUUUUUAAACAAAGUCCCACUGUAUAUUAUUGACCAUCCAAGGGAGCCAUGAAAAUUAUUUUAGUAGACCUUUUGGUGGUCCCAAGUUCGAUACCCCAAAACAUGACGUUUAAGGAAAAAUCGGUUUUUUUCUUUGACUUAGCAGUAAGACAAUGCUUUGCAGUAGAAGGUAGACAAGCUAAAAUUAAAAUAGAACAAUGAUUAGGAGCCGAAGUGUAAGUCUACGGACUCCACUUGACAUUCAAGUUUCUCCGGUAAUCGAGUUUUUGCAGAGACUUGGCCUUGUUGCCACCGCCUUUGUCUCGACUUGCUAAUGUUUUAUCAGUACGUGAUCACAGAUGUUCUGGAAGGAUUUUAUGGGCGUUUGUAGGACGGUGAUGCAGGUUACAUAAAAAUUACGGAGGGUUAUGUUGUCUUUAACAAAAUUUUUUUUUUGUGGAAACUUGCAAGCCAGCUUACGACUUUAGAAACACCUCAGAGGGAGUGAAAUUGCUUUAGAAAUGUCAAGAAUGGUUGUAAAUCUAUGACACAAUGUCUUGCUUGUGCUUGCACUGGGUUAUUUCUAUCCUAUGGAGAGUGCAAAUCGAGACAACAAUUUUUCUUCAAAAAUUCCACUUUGUAGCUAGUUUUUUUACGCGCAAAGUGCGGGCCUGCGGCGGUUGCGGUUCUAAACUGUUCACUGUUCACAUGGGUGCCUUCUGUCGCGUUAAACCUACGAUUAGAUGUAUCUACGGAAGCACCCGGGCUGAAGUUCCACGGCACAUCCACUGCCAGAAAAACUUGAAUGUCAAGUGGAGUCCGUAGACUUACAGUUCGGCUCCCAAUCAUUGUUCUAUUUUAAUUCUAGCUUGUCUAGCUUCUACUGCAAAGCAUUGUCUUACUGCUAAGUCAAAGAAAAAAACCGAUUUUUCCUUAAACGUCAUGUUUUGGGGUAUCGAACUUGGGACCACCAAAAGGUCUACUAAAAUAAUUUUCAUGGCUCCCUUGGAUGGUCAAUAAAGUACAGUGGGACUUUGUUUAAAAUUCAGAGUGUAUAGGCCCAUGAUUUGCCGCGACGUAUGCAAGCGGUACAAUUUUUUGGAAAAAUUGACAGUUUUUUGUCUUUCCAAAAAUUUUACAUCGAUAGUUGUUACACUCUAAGAUGUGAAAUCGCUCCAAUCGCUACACCAUUAGAUAACAGGGAUAAUUCUUUACAGAAUGGUGUUUGUUUCGUUUAAAUGCGUCCAUGUUGAGCAGAGUUACAUGAAAAACAAAAAAAUUGACAGUUUUUUGGCAGCUACUGUAUAUCUGAUACGACUUUCAUCAAUUUUAUAUUAUUCACGAAGUUUACACCAAAAAUAACCAUGAAAUCAAAGACAUUAAAAGGCAAUUAAAAGAUCCUUUUUGACCAAAAAUCAGCCCUAUCGCGCUGAGCUCCCGCUGCGUGCUCGCUCCCUACAUUUCAUGCUCCUGAUGGUUUCCUAACGUUAAUUUCUUCCGCGUUUUUUUAUUGUCUUAUACGGCUCACCGUGAUAAGCAAAAAUCAGCUGCAGUAGGAUAUAAAUGAAAGCACCCAUUUUUUUUAUAUUAUCGAUGACAUUUAUGACAAAAAUAAAACAGUUCUUCUUCAGGACCUGCGGAUUGACAAUGAAAUGGCUCAAUUGUUGAACACUGGUGACCAAAUCGAUCCUGCCUUCGAAACUCAACUGUUAAACUAA